AUGAGUUCAAAUGUGGGUAUUGUGUGGGGGAAGUUUCGAAUAGAUCAAAAAGAUGUUGGUCCGAUGAAGAGGACGCAUUGCUUAUACAGAUUCUACUUGAAUUACAUAGCACAGGGAAGUACAAAGAUGAUUGUGAAUUCAAGCCUAAUCCACAAGAAUGCCGAUGCUUUCAAAGACAAAUCAUUUCGAUAUUUUGAUGAACUUGCCAUUGUUUUUGGAUUGGAUCGUGCCAAUGAUGACAACUUCUUUGACCACGUUUCAACAUCCGUUUCCAAACCGAUUCCUGAAAGAAGCCCGCUAGAUGGAGUAACACCUAGUCGGAAGAGAAAAGCUUCCAAAGAUGCAGACUUGGUAGAGGUCCUUAGGGAGAACACGACAAUACUAGUGUCUGCCUUUGAGAAUGCAACAAAAGAUAUAUGCUAUGCAAUUACUGGCAAUGAAGUUCGCAAGAAAAGGGAAUUGCUGAAUGGUGAGCUUUCCAAGCUUGUUGGGUUGACUUCAAGAGAUCACUUGAAGGCCUAUCGGGUGAUAGGUUGCAGCAAGGAUCUAAUCGAGCUCUUCUUUGACCUGCCAGACGAAUUAAAAGAGAAUUUAGAUAAGAUUUCAAGUCAAGAUUUCAAGAAUAUUACUCUCAUUAACCAAAAGGAAUUAGAUUUCAGUAUCAUAAAAGAGUUGCCUGAGUCCCAUGCAUGGGCGGCGGUUGGUGAGAAUAUCCAUUUUGAUUCUGCGAUGGAACCUAUUCCGGUUAUCGACCUUGAGAAUCCUAAGGCUAUGGAACAGAUGGGGCGUGCAUGUAGGGAAUGGGGCGUCUUUCAGAUUCAGAACCAUCAGAUAGACAUGAAUCUUCUAGAGGCCAUGGAAUCGGCGGGUAAGAGGCUAUUCUCGCUACCAUUGGAAACCAAGCUCGUGGCGGCCCGUCAGCCUGGCGAAACGGCAGGAUAUGGUGCAUCCGGAACCACGAAUUUCUUCCCCAAACUCUUGUGGUCCGAAGGCUUCACCAUCUUUGGAUCGCCACGUGAUCAUGCACGUUUGCUUUGGCCCAAUGACUAUAUGGAAUUUUGUGUUGUAGUAGAAGAAUUCGAGAAGGAGCUGCAUAAGUUAUCACAAAGAAUGAUGUAUCUAUUUCUUGGUUCACUUGGCUUAUCAAUGGAGGAUCUCAAAUGGGAAGGUGAAAAUGGACAAGUCAAAGAAGGUUUUGGAGCUAUCCGGUUCAAUUCCUACCCAGCUUGUCCUGACCCAGACAGAGCCAUGGGCUUAGCCGCCCACACCGACACGGCACUAUUCACAAUUCUUUACCAGAGCAACACGAGUGGCUUACAAAUACAACGAGAAAGUCUCAAGUGGAUAACCGUCCCACCGUUGCCCGGUGCGCUUGUGAUCAAUGUAGGUGACCUACUUCACAUACUAUCAAAUGGGUCAUUUCCUAGUGUACUCCACCGGGCCUUUGUGAAUCGAACACAACAUAGACUCUCUAUAGCCUACCUUUAUGGUCCGCCUGCUAACGUGAAAAUCUCACCACCCGCAAAACUGGUGGACUCGAUAAAACCGGCACUCUAUCGGCCGGUGACAUGGUCUGAGUAUAUGGGAAUCAAGGCCAAGAACUUUGACAAGGCAUUGUCGUUGGUCCGAUUGUGUGCCCACGAGGAGAUUUUGGAGGUGAAUGAUGAAGUCAAAGAUGUUGAAGUUAAAGAAUAA